UUGCCUACGCUUAACAACUGUUACUGCCCCAAAGGGGCGUUACGGGGGCGGAAGAAAGGGAAGAGAAGAAAGACGGGUGGCAAAUCGAACUUUAAAGCUCGGGGCCAGCGUCGGGGAAUUCUUAGUUCGAUACCGAACGCUGUCUCCGACAGACAGCGAGCUCAAGAUCUGUGGGCAUCCAAAUAAAGUGAAGUCCCAUUGGAGACUAGGCCAGAUUUGAAGCCAAACCAAACCAAACCAAACCAAACCGAUCCGAAAAAAGAAAUAGAUAAAGCCCAACUUUAGCGUUACAUAAAGCCACUAUAGUCAUGGCAUUUGUCGGCAAUGCAGUUGUUGGCCCGGAGAAUGGCAAAUCAUCAACGGCAACUCCGUAUCCCAAGUCGGUGGCCUUCAUCAUCAGCAAUGAGUUCUGCGAACGCUUCAACUACUAUGGCAUGCGAACUAUUCUGGUGCUGUAUCUCACCAACAAGCUGGGCUACAAUGAGGAGACCGCGACGGUACUGUUCCACACGUUCACCAUGCUGGUCUACAUAUUCCCCCUCAUCGGAGCUCUGAUCGCCGAUGGCUGGCUGGGGAAGUACAAGACGAUACUGUAUCUGUCGCUGGUCUACAGCCUGGGGGCCAUGGUCGUUUCCUUUGGUGCCGUUCCCCUAGCGGGGAUGCCAACCAAAGCGGUGACUGUGGUGGGCCUUCUGCUGAUUGCGAUCGGAACCGGUGGGAUCAAGCCCUGCGUUUCGGCCUUUGGCGGCGAUCAGUUCUCGCUGCCCGCCCAAAGUCUCCAGCUGGCCAAGUUCUUCUCGCUCUUCUACUUCGCCAUCAACGCCGGCUCCCUGAUCUCGACCACCUUCACGCCGAUCCUGCGGGCGGAUGUGCAUUGCUUCGGCGACCACGACUGCUUCUCGCUGGCCUUCGGAGUGCCCGCCAUCCUGAUGAUCAUCUCCGUGCUGAUCUUCAUGGCCGGCAAGCGGAUGUACAGGUGCCAACCGCCGGAGGGGAACAAGAUCUUCGGCGUGUCGCGCUGCAUUGCGGAUGCGUUCAGGGGAUGGCGCAAGCGCAGGCACUCGGAACCGAUGGAAAGCUUCUUGGACUAUGCAGAGCCAACGGCGGGGGCGCAGCUGGUGAGGGAGACCAAGUGCUUGGGCCGGAUCCUGCGGCUCUUUCUGCCCUUCCCCGUCUUCUGGGCCCUCUUCGACCAGCAGGGAUCGCGAUGGACCUUUCAGGCCACCCGCAUGGACGGCACGGUGUGGGGCUACCAGAUAAAGCCGGAUCAAAUGCAGGUGGUCAAUCCGCUGCUCAUUUUGGGAUUCCUGCCUCUGUUCGAUUAUAUCGUCUACCCCAUUCUGCGCCGCAUUGGCAUACGGAGACCCCUGCAAAAGCUCACAAUUGGACUGAUACUCGCGGCCCUGGGUUUCUUUUUGUCCGCUGCCUUGGAAAUGAAAAUGGAGCAGGCCGCCUACCAGGCCACGCCCACCGAAUCGAACAUGGCCCAUCUGCGCCUAUACAAUGGCAUGCCCUGUCGCUAUGAGUUUGCGACGAAGGUGGGUGAGCAGACUGCUACGCCACAUUUCAUCGAGCCCCUGGAGAUGUGGUCAGAUCUAUCGGUUUUGGUCCCACAAGCCGAAGAGUACGAAUUUAGGGCGCAGCCUGUAAGGGGAAAAUGCCCCGAAAUCGAGGGAAAACUGCGUUUACAGCCGGGAAAGUCCACGGGCUACUUCCUCACCCAAAACAAACUGGUUGAGUUUGCCGAUGGCCUGGAAAUGCCCGUCAGCCUCAGCAGUGAUCCCCUGGUGAGGGCCCUGCUGAAUACACCAGAAGGAGAGGGACCUGUACUGCUGACGAGUGGAGCAAACCGCGGAUCGCUGGACAACCGCAAUGUGUCGCAGCUGCACAGGGUUUCGCCCGGCUUCACGGAGGUAGCCAUCAAUGGCCGGAAUGUGGCCAGCUUUGAGACCAAGAACGGAGGACUGUACACGCUGCUGGUGGCGGGAAAUGCCAGCCAGGGCUAUCGCCACAACCUGGUCGAGGUGGUGGCCCCCAGUGCCGCCGUCUCAAUCCUGUGGCAGCUGCCGCAAAUCGUGGUCAUGACGGCGGCCGAGGUGAUGUUCUCGGUCACGGGACUCGAGUUCUCCUACUCCCAAUCGCCGCCCAGCAUGAAGAGCGUGCUGCAGGCCUGCUGGCUGCUCUCGGUGGCCAUUGGCAACAUGAUCGUGGUGGUCAUUGCGGAGUUCAAGUUCACCAGCUCACAGUCCGGGGAGUUCACUUUGUUCGCCUGCCUCAUGCUGGUGGAUAUGCUCGUCUUUUUGUGGCUGGCCCGCAGCUACCAGUACAAGGAUCAGUGCAAGGACCUCGACGAGGUCGAUGAUGUUGAUGAUGUUGAUGAUGGUACAGUGCAGUACAAACGGCGAGCAGCUACAGUGGAGCCUGGCCAGCGGGGAAACGGCAAAAUGGAGACGGAACCGGGCUACGGGGCCUAUCGCAAUCACGCCUACGAUAACGAUUUCUCGGAGGCCUGAGUGUCCCCGUACCUAUAAAUCAGUCCUCAACCCACAACCCUCAUGCCCAUCGCAUUUAGCCUUAGUAAACUCUGCUAUUUAUUUUAUUUGUACUUGCUCGCAUUUAUUUGUAUAGUCGGCUGUAAAUACGUUCGUUUGUACGAGUAUUAUGUAUAGUGUAUACCUAUGCUUUUUACCCAAUCGUUUUGUAAAUACAUUUUAUACGUUUUAUUAUA